UGGCUAUACGGAGAUAACAUGAAGAUCUUUUCAAAGAGAUUGGGCAAAUUCUAAGUUUAACACCAUAUAAUGGUGAAUGUUAUGUUAAAGGAAGUCUUCAAGGGAAAGGAAUAAAGGUUCAAAGGGCAAGAGUUAGAGAGUGCUUAAAACGAUGAGAUGGCCUUAGAAGGGAGGUUCGAAGGAGGUACUCAUUGGUUAGGCGAACGUAUAAUGUUCCUGGAUCAAAUUAUUUGUGGCAUGUAGAUUCUAAUCACAAAUUGAUUUCCUGGAGAUUUGUCAUACAUGGCUGUAUUGAUGGUUUUAGUAGAGCUGUUAUAUACCUUACCUGUUGUAACAAUAACAAAGCAAGCACCGCAUUAGGCCUUUUUCAGAAAGGUGUUAAUGAAUAUGGGCUUCCCCUGCGUGUCCGUGGAGAUCAUGGAAUAGAAAACAUUGACGUGGCCAGGUAUAUGAUAAAUAAUCGAGGAUCAGACAGGGGGAGUUUCAUUGCUGGACGCAGUGUUCACAAUCAGAGAAUAGAACGUUUGUGGGCAGAGGUCAACCGAGUUUGUUCUACAUUUUACAAAGAUCUUUUUGAGUUUAUGGAAAAUAAUGAAGUACUUGAUUCUCUAAAUGAAGUACAUUUAUAUGCAUUACAUUAUGUAUAUCUUCCAAGAAUUAAUGCAUCACUAAAUGAAUUUCACAGCCAGUGGAAUUAUCAUGGGAUGAGAACUGGUCAUCACUCACCACUAGCCUUAUGGAAUAUGUCACUGUUACAAACAUCUGAUGCUGCAGAAGUUCUUGACAUAGAAUCCUAUGGCAUAGACCAAAAUGGUCCAAUUCCAGAUAUAAUCACUGACAACAAUGUCGUUGUUCCAGAGCUAGAACUAGAGCUAACUGAGAGUGAAAAUCAACAGUUGAAGGAAAAUGUUGAUCCAUUAUCUGAUGAUGGAAACUCUGGGAUAAAUCACUUUUUGUCUGUCCUGCAAAUUCUGGAAACUUUCCAAUGAGAUUUCAAAAUGGUGUUAUAGAUGAAUCUUAAAAUGUGAUACAAUUUGCAUUGUAGGCAGCCCCAAAGAUAGAUGUAGGUUAAUAGUAUUUACAUUGUUUUCUGUUAUGACAUUUUUGCAGUUGCUUUGUCAUCACUGAAAAUAUAUAAGGAUUAAAUGUU